AGCCACUUUGCUGACUUCGCUGAUUCGCUCCAUUAGACGGGUUCCCUUCAGAAGCCAGCGAACACAAACGCAACUCGGUUCUGAUUUCUGAAGAACAAAGAAUCUGCAAACCAAUACAUCAAUGGCGAGCGAGCAAUCGGUUAUGGCCGUCAUCAGGGCAGCCAGGGCUAGCUUUCGCAACGACUACGACAAGGUCGCCUUUGCAGUUCACGCCACAUUUCUCGCCUCCGGCUACGUUCUCACUGCCACUGGACCUUCGGCUUUUACUGACACCGCCUUUUCUUCUUCCUCUGUCGAUGAAGUCAGUAUCGAGGGCUGGAACGAAUUAGAGGAUGAGUACGCAUACAUUUACGCGAACCCUGAGAAGGAUUCUAACUGGAAGAAAGUGAUAGUGAAGUGCCUGGUGAUGAACGGGAAACUGCUAAUUGAUGCCCUGACUGAUAAAAUUUCUGAUCCGCUGCAUCUUGAAAUUGACGUUGAGGAAAUCGUCAAUCCGAAUGGGGGAAGUAAUUAUGCAUCACAGUACCAAAAUUUGGACAAACUGGUGAAACGCUUGGACUUGGAAAUAUUGUCUAAACUGGGCGGUUCUUCAAAAGCUACGACAAGUAAUCCUACUAGAGCUGGGAGAAGUGAAAGAUCAUCUGCAGACGUAAAUGACCCUACUUUUGGAAUUCCUGAGCGGCCUACCCCACCGACCGAGCCUAUUUAUGGAAUUCCUGACCGUCUUGGCCCACAAAUCGAUCCUUCAGGAGUUGUAAUUCCUCCUAUUAAUCCCCUGGGUGGUGGUGAUCUUUUCYCUGGACCUGGUGCUGGAAUGUACCCCACUAGAGGUGGUAUGGGCGGCGAUGGGAGCAUGCUUUUAGGGCCUAAUGACCCUCGAUGGUUUGGGAUCGGCAGAGGACCUGGUUUUGAUGGCGGGCAGCCGGGUGUCCCUCCAGGUGCUCGUUUUGAUCCAUAUGGUCCACCUGGUAUUCCUGGGUUUGAGCCAAACCGGUUUGUUAGAAAUCCUCGUAGACCAGGAGGAGGUGGGACUCAUCCAGACCUGGAGCAUUUCAGGGGCGGUUCAGAUUUCAUCUAGUCGGCCAUGAAGCUCCUGGAAGUUAAAAGUUAUAGGGAAAAACAAUAAAUUUCAGAGACUGAUGGUGUAGCCAUCUUGGAGAUAGUUUAUAUGGGGCUCCUCUCCUGAAGUUUUUUUGUGUUUUUGUUCACCUAGAAUGACUGUAUAGCGUAGUAGUGUCUGUGAAUAUGGGAAUGGUUAUGUGCUGAAUCUAUCUAAGAAUGCUUUUUGAUUGUUACUUGUCUUGACGCUAUAUGACUAUAUGUUGGGCUGAAAUAGAAUUACUCAGUUUACUUAA